GUCUUGCAACCAAGUCUCCCUACUUUACUGAUCACAACAGUGGUGAUCCAGCCACUGCAACUUUUGGAGCAGAGAAAAUGCUGCUUUGGAGCAACUUUCUAACAGAACUCGAUUUUGGAGCAGCAACUAAUUGCACAGGGAUACCUCUCUCAUGACCGCUAAAACUAAUGUUGAAUUCCAAUGGCGGAGUCAGAGCAAGUUUUUCUGCUCGUUUCGGAGCAAGUUUGUUCCAAUGGCAGAGUGAGGGCGGGAGCAAAGUGUUCCAAUGAGAGAGUCGGAGUGGAUUCAGAGCGGGAGUCACUCUGUGGAGCAGAAAAAGAUGCUCCGCCAAAAUCGGCGGAGUGGACCGGAACUCUGCGUGACGUAUUUCCUUUACCACGUUUCUCUGCUGGGGGUCGCCACCGGUCGCGACUCGCGAGUUGUGGUGGUAAUGGUGGACGACAUGAACGGCUCGGCAAGUUCGGCAAAGCAUGCGGCAUUGCUUAUGCUACUCGACAGCGACAGCUCCGAGUCGGAAAGCUCAAGUUCCGACACGAGCGAUUACUCGGAUAGUGACAGCGACGCUGAAACUGCCGCUUACGAGCGGGAAUUCGACAGGAUGUUCCGCAUUCCCGCGAAGAGGCCCAAAAUAGUCGGCUUCAUCGAGGACGUCGUGCGGCAGUACUCGGACGAUGAGUUCCGAAGGCACUUCAGGCUAGCUCGACCUGUGGCUGAAAAGUUGAUCGCCGAGUUUUCUGCGUCGUCUAUGUGCCCUUCGAGCACACAUGGAGGGGUUCCAGUAAAAUCUGCGGAAACGCACAUCUUGUCGUUUAUCUGGUGAGUUCUCGCCUUUAUUUCUAUGCACCUGCCAAAUGAACAACGAUAAAUGAAACGCGAGGGCGUCGGAUGCCUGCAUAAAAAUGCAUUUGACAGCGAGCUCGUUGCUUGCACUGCAGUGUAGUCUGAAGCUGCUUUUCCGCAUGCGUGUUAUCCCACUGCGCAGGUACGCGGCCAACAAAACGUGCAUGAGAAACGUGGCAAGCCGGUUCGACUUGUCAGAAAGCUCUGUUCACCGAAUCCUCCAUAGAGUAGCGGACUUCCUCCUGACCCUGGGACCAUCGUUGAUAAAGUUUCCUGCUGA